GUUUUAUGGCCUUUUAAGCUGUAUGGAAUAACCAUUUUAAGAGAGCUUUUCAAGUUAAUGAGACGAAGAUUUCAAGUGUAAAUGUUUGAGUAUUAUCAUGAAGUGGAUGAUGGUUUCAAGGAUCGUGAUCUCUUUUUAAAGAGACGUCGUCAUUGUGGGCUGAUCUAAGUUCGUCUCCGUUUCACUAUUCAUAAAACAGCUCCUUAGAAUGACCUCCAUUAUCAGGAGUGAGGAUAUACCGUAACAGCAACAUAGGAUGGUCAAACACCAUCCAUUAGUGCAGUGUGAUCAAUGUCCAGAGGUUGAUCUGCAUGUAGCGAUCAUUUUGUUUUAGUUUCGAGAGCAUGACAGUAUAUCAGUGCACCUGCAUGAACCCCUUCUAUUGUUGAAUAAGACUUUAGAGUGAACUUGUUAAAUUAACUGCUUAGAUCCACUGUAGCAUCUUAUGAAUAGUAUUGUCAUUUCGUUUGGUAGAACUGCGAUGGAGUGAUUUUUAAUAGUGAACAAUCAAGAAAAGUUCUUGUGAAAUUCCUUUAGAUUUUCAUUGAAUUAAAGCGAUAGAAAAGUUUCUUAAUCAAGGAGCCUGCAGCAUCAUCCUAUCACCAUGCCGGAGAGCAACUACUCCACAAUGCCUAAUACAGAUAACGGAAGUGGACUCAUUCUCCGCUGGGACAUAAAGAAUCUGGAAAUAAAGACUAGAUCAGUUGAAAAGACCUUAGAACCCCUUGUCAUACAGGUCACUACGCUUGUUAAUACCAAAGGACCUUCCAAAAAGAAAAAAGGGAGGAGUAAAAGGGCUCAUGUCCUGGUUGCAGCAGUUGAAGCAGCUACAGCCAAUUUCAUUGAACGAGGAGAGGAGAUUGCUUAUGAAAACCCUGAUAUUCGAGGUGAAAUGCUUGGGGCUGUAGAGGAAGUCAGGAAAACAGGAGAUACCAUGUCCCGGGCAGCACGGGAGUUUGCCGAAGAUCCUUGCAGCAGUGUCAAACGUGGUAACAUGGUGCGCGCAGCUAGAAACCUAUUGUCAGCUGUCACCCGAUUAUUGAUAUUAGCAGAUAUGGUGGACGUUCAUCGCUUGCUGAAAAGCUUGCAAGUGGUUGAGGAUGACCUAGAAAAAGUGAAAAAUGCAUCCAGUCAGUCAGAACUUCUGGACAAUUUCCGUUUGUUUGGUAAAAACACUAGUGACUUGAUUAAUCAGGCAGCUAAGCGUCAGAAUGAAUUGAAAGAUCCUCGACUAAGGGAUGACCUGGCUUCAGCACGUGCAGUGCUUAAGAAAAAUUCUAUGAUGCUGUUAACAGCCUCCAAGGCAUACGUUCGACAUCCUGAGUUGGCGGCAGCGAAGGCUAAUAGAGACUUUGUUUUCAAACAAGUCUGUGAAGCAGUUAAUACAAUUAGUGAUGUAGCUCAGGGUAAGGCGACUGGUGCUGCUCAGAUGCCUUAUGAAGGUCCAGGAGAAUUAGCCUCAGCUCUUGAUGACUUUGAUGAGCGUAUCAAUAUGGAUCCACUAACCUACAACGAGGUGCGCACCCGUCCAUCUUUAGAGGAAAGAUUAGAAUCUAUUAUAAGUGGUGCUGCCUUAAUGGCAGAUUCCUUCUGUACUCGUGAUGACCGCCGUCUUAAAAUUGUCGAAGAAUGUAAUGCAGUGAGACAAGCACUUCAAGACCUUCUUACUGAGUAUAUGGAUAAUAUGGGACGUAAGCAGCCUUCUGAAAACCUUGAUAAAGCCAUUGACCACAUGUACCGCAAAACCAAAGACCUUCGACGGCAGUUACGCAAAGCUGUUGUUGAUCAUGUCUCUGACAGUUUCCUCGAGACCAAUGUUCCUCUUCUAGUGUUGGUUGAAGCUGCUCGAAAUGGUAAUGAAAAAGAAGUGGAAGAAUAUGCUCAGGUAUUUACGGAACAUGCAAACAAAUUGGUUGAAGUUGCAAACCUUGCAUGUACAAUGUCAAAUAAUGAGGAUGGUGUUAAGAUGGUACGAUAUGGAGCUGCACAAAUCGAGCAGCUGUGUCCACAGGUCAUCAAUGCUGCGUGUAUUCUGGCAGCUAGACCAAAGUCCAAGGUUGCACAAGAGAAUAUGGAUGCAUUUAAAGAUGCUUGGGAGAAUCAAGUUCGUAUCUUGACAGAAUCAGUAGAUGACAUAACAACAAUUGAUGAUUUCCUAGCAGUUUCAGAAAGUCACAUCUUGGAGGAUGUCAAAACAUGUGUCCGUGCAAUUAAUGAGGGUGACCCUGAUACUUUGGAUCGUAUUGCUGGUGCCAUUCGUGGUCGUUCAGCACGUGUCUGCCAUGUUGUUGCCUCGGAAAUGGAUAAUUAUGAGCCUUGCAUGUAUACAGACAGAGUCCUAGAAGCCGUGAAAGUACUUAGAGACCAAGUCCUGCCAAACUUUGCUCAGAGAGUAGAUGUUGCCGUAGAAGCUCUAAGUAGUACGCCGGGGAAGGAAGUGGAUGAAAAUGAGUUCAUAGACGCCUCCCAUCUGGUUUAUGAUGGAGUGCGGGAGAUUCGAAUGGCUGUCCUAAUGAACAAAGCUGAUGAUGAGUUAGACCCUGAUGAUGUUUUAACUGAUGAAUAUCAUACAUUGGAAAUUAGGAGUAAAUCGAGUGCACAUACUGUAGACACGACAAUUGACGAGUAUCCAGGUGUGAGUGGUAUCACGACUGCUCGUGAUGCUAUGCGAAACUUGAGUGAGGAAGAUAAGGAUAAGAUUGCUGCUCAGGUAGAGAACUUCCGUCUCGAAAAAGUGAAGUUUGACCAGGAGGUAGCAAAAUGGGAUGAUACAGGCAAUGACAUAAUUGUAUUAGCCAAGCACAUGUGUAUGAUUAUGAUGGAAAUGACUGACUUUACAAGAGGAAGAGGGCCACUGAAAACGACUAUGGAUGUUAUUAAUGCUGCUAAGAAGAUUUCUGAGGCUGGUACUAAGUUAGAUAAGCUAUCAAGACAAAUUGCUGAUCAAUGCCCUGAGUCUAGGACCAAGGAUGAUAUGUUGGCUUAUCUUGAUCGUAUUGCCCUUUAUUGCCAUCAGUUGAACAUCACCUCAAAAGUAAAGGCUGAUGUGCAGAAUAUAUCUGGAGAACUAAUUGUAUCCGGGUUGGACUCGGCAACUUCUCUAAUUCAGGCUGCCAAGAAUCUUAUGAAUGCUGUAGUGUUGACAGUCAAGUGUUCGUAUGUGGCGUCUACUAAAUAUCCGCGCCAAGGAACUAUUGCACCUGGAGGACGUGCAGCAUCGCCUAUUGUCGUCUGGAAGAUGAAAGCCCCAGAAAAGAAACCGCUCGUAAGGCGAGAAAAGGCAGAAGAAGUGAGAGCUAAAGUCCGCAAAGGUAGCCAGAAGAAGCAGGUAUCAGCACUGAAGGCUCUAGCAGAAUUCCAAAGUCCAGCAGAUGCCAUUUAAAUGGGAUAUUCUUCAGUUUUUAAGUAUUUCUAUAUAUUAAAAUUUAUAUCCAGUAUGGUACAAAACAAAGAUCUUGACCAAUAUCAGUGCAUUCCAACAAUUUGAAAAAAAUUUAUUGGAUUUUAUCAAGAAUUUUAUUUUUUGGUAAUUUAGUCAUCAGUCUUAUAUAAAGUUCAUUUAUCCAAGACACUGAAACUUGCCAGUACCACAAAUUUACUUAAUAGUUACUGUGGUGUACUGGGCUUCUAGUUUUAACGACACAGUACCUCAUGUAUGCAAGAACUGAGUUUUAGCUGUAUUUUAUUUAUAUAGGCAAAGCAACAUUCCUGAUAAUAUAAGAUGGGAAUCCUAGUACUGUAUAACCAAAGCAUAAAGGAAUAGAGACAAAGUACUAGGUAUCUGGAGAUAAUAAUGUAAUGACAUUAAGUAAGUAACUUGCAUAUCAUGUUUUGUUCAUUUGAGACAAAGUAAUCAAUUUCAUAAAGUGUCUCUUGGCAGCUUUUUGUAAUUGUAGUUUUAAGAUUCAAAAUGGGAUCACAAUGUAGCAAAUGGCACCAAAAACAAUAGUACAUUAGAAUUAUACUUGGCAAUUACUGGUUUAUUUUGUUAUAAAGCAAGUUCCAUAUACUUUAGUAUAGAAUUAUAUAUAAAAUUCUAUUUGCAUACCGGGUUGAAGUUGGUUUGAUUAAAGAACAUUUUAAAAUAAAUGAUGCUUAUUGUACAUUCCUUUUUAAGAAAGGAGAACAGAGGAAAACUGAAGGCUUUUUAUUUUUCCCGAAGAAAUGAAACUCCUUUAAUUUAUAAGAAGGAGAAGGGAACUAAUGCAUUACAGUAUACACAUAGUAUGCAAUCUAUAGUUCCUUUGGAUUAUUUUGCUUUACAAGUAAAAUAGAGUUGCAUUUAUUUUCGUAUAAAUUAUAUGGAGUAAUGUUGGAGUUAUUGUUGGCGUAUGAGCUCAGUUAUACAGAAGAUAUGGUGAAAUAUAUUCCAGGAAGGGUCUGCGACACUUCUGUAGGGUUAGCACCGAUAGUUUUGCUGGAUUUAUUAUCUAUUAUAGAUAGUGUUUAUGCAUAUCUGAAUACUUCAUGCAUCAUUUCUGUUGUUCCUUGUAAUGUCCCUUUCAUGUCUAAUGGAUAUGACCACAAAAGAGUUAUGCUCAACAUUUUGUCUUCCAUGGUAUAUCAGUAUGUCAGUAAACCUAACUCCAUUUUGGGUGGAAAAUAUGCUUAAUCCCUGCCUCCUUAGCUCUUCUGUAUUUUAGACCUUUUGUAUGGCAAGAUGUACAUUUAGGGAAUAAUUUUAAUUGCAUGAGAAAAAUGCAUUUUUGCACCUUGUGUUUCACCACCAUGGUAUUUGAUACUAAGCUUUGUAUAGUACAAUAUGGGACAUAGUUGUUAGUCUGCAUACAGUGGAGUAAUGAACUUAGUCCUGUUGCCAACAUUCCAUCCUCUUGAGAUUCCUGGUGAAUACAAUUUUUUUUACACUACAUUAGGCACUGUCUUCAGUUUGCUUGCUAACCUACAUGAUGUCACAUUUCUGCAUAUAUGAGCCAGGAUUAAUUGUAUGGAACCAAUUUAGCAGAUCAACACAAUAGCAGCAUGAUGGAGCUGUGGGAUUUUUUUUUUUUUUUAAAUAGCACAGUCGUUGCUUCACAUAAGGUUACAAUAGCUGAAGAAAGUUAUUUCAUGUAGAAAAGGAACACCCUUCUCCUUCGUUUUUCUAGUUUAUUGAUUUCCAUGUAAAUGAAUCUUGGGAACAUACUAAACUCUUCAGUUUUGUUAUUUUAAUUGUAUUGACUAGUUAUGUUUGCAGAAUUUUUAAUCCUCAAGAUAGCAGCUUUAUUUAAUACAGGAAUGUAUUUAUCUAGAGUUCAUUUAUACUAAAGGUACACUUUGUUAGAAAAUGUAUUUUGCUUAUAUUCCUUAAUCACAGUUUGCAGUAAAGAAUGAAUAUAAUUUAUUAAAUAAAUAGCAUUUGUCAAGUGCUAAUUAUUCCUCAUACUAUUUAUGUCAAUGUAAUGUGCUGUAGGUGCCAAAAUACAUUACUGUAUACAAA